CUGUCAUUGGUUUAGCUGUGCAGCUGCGCUUGUUGCAGGACUGAAAUAAUCUUGCUGGUGAGUUGAAUGCGAUUUGCACGACAAGUGCGGCAACAGAUCGAGGGUAGGCGCGAUUCUGCUCAAAGGGGUUUCAGGAAGAAAUGAUGAUCAACCCUUUAGAUGACGAGACUGAGGGUGCUAUGUGGCGCUUCUCCUUCUGUCCUUCGGGAUGGAAGGAGAUCGGGAAGGCAAAUCAUCUAUCAAAUGGUGAUUCUCGAAUGUCGCAGGCGUCGCUGCUGUCAAACUCGGCUACCAUCCUGAAUUUGCUUCAACAUGGUGGCUCUGGAGGAUUUGGAAACAUGGGUCGGCGCUUUGCUCUUUCCUAAUUUCAUCCACAUCGUAGUCAUGCUGACAAACACGUCUCACGACAACUCUCCCAUGCUGGUGUCUUGAACAGAUCAACGCAUGGGUCCUUCAAGAGCUCAUCGCAGCCAGUCCUAUCAAGAUGGCUCCGGAAUAUGACCCAGAUAGCGACUCCGAUUUUUCCAGCGACGAGGCGCAAGAUAUUAAAGUCUACCUCGGUCUCCCAGACGGCCCUCUGGAACCUGAAGAUGAGUCAAAUCCACUUGUCUCCCGCGCAGGUGGACGGCCAGCUUUUCUCCCCCGUCCUAUCGCAUCCACAUCGUCGACACGGUGGCCGCCACAACCUGAGCAUGUCUCAAGCUGCAAGAUCUGCGGGCGGGACAUGGAAAUGCUGAUGCAAAUCUUCGCGCCGCUUGAAGGUAGUUGCUACGAUCGUACACUUUAUAUCUGGGGCUGUGCCAGGGCAAAGUGUCAGCGUGCCAGAGACAGUCGAUGUGUCCGUGCCUUUCGCACCAUCACUUACAACGCUCGUUGGGCAGCCAAGCUAGAGAAGCAGAAGGCAAAAGAAGCUGCUCGCCAAGAACGACUAGCUGCGAAGGCAGACGCAAAAAAACGGGCAGCCGAGGAUGCAGCAAAGAGUCAGAAGAUCAACCCGUUCGCUUCAGGACCUAGCUCAACUGGAGCGGGCGGAAUGUUUG